AUGUCUGAUGAUGGGAUUGCAGUCAAGCUGAAUGUUGAGAAGGAAGUUUUUAAUAUGCAAGUUUUGAGUUUGAAUGGUGGUCCUUGGAAUGUGGGAGGACACAUUGUUGGGAUGGACAAAUGGUCCCCUCUUUUCAACCCCAAUUCCUUUAAGGGUAUUACUGCAUCUGUUUGGAUUCACCUCCCCUGUUUGCCGUUAUACUAUUGGGAUGAGGAGAAUACUCCUAGGAAUUCUUCGAGUGUAGGAGUACCUAUGUUUGUGGAUGGGAAUUGUUUUAAGUGGGGGAAACAUGAUUUUGCUCGGGUUUGUGUGAGAUUAAAGCUAGCAAAUAGGCUUCCAAAUGGUGUAUGGGUUGAUGGAAUAGCAGGGAGAUUCUUCCAAAAAAUAGAGUAUGAGAAGAUUGACUUGAUUUGCUAUCAUUAUGGUAAGGCGGGACAUGAUAGAAAGGGUUGCCCUGACGGUGUGAUGAAUGCUUAUAUUGAUCAGCCAGUGAAAAAUCUAGCCGCUAGGAAUGAUGUGGGAGGACUGGUUGAUAAUAAAACUUAUGGGAGCGAAUAUAGUCCAUGGAUUCAUGUUCAAUUUAAAAAUAGAAUGUUUAGAAAAGGAAAGUUUGCAAGAGGUGGGAGAUCUGGUAGAAAAGCAGCGGAAGUGAAUGUUCAGGUUCAUGAUGUCAAGGAUGUUGCUGUGUAG